UCGGUCGCACGGUGAUGACGAAGCAGCCCGGAUCACACUCUGCGACGCGCUUGUUAUUCUUCUUCGUGAGCAGCUCAUUCAGUUGAAACGUGUUUCCAGUUAAACGCACUUUUACUUCAGCGGCUUAACAAAAUGUCUUUUCACGACGAGUCCUCGGACCUGGGCCUGAGCGGCCAAUCCAAGCUGGAGAGCUUCCUGUUCACCUGUGAGUUGUCCUCCAAAGUCCCUUUCUACACUUUCCAGGGGGAUGAAGAGGAGGACCUGGAGCACUUCCUCGAGCUCAGAACAGUCUGUCUUGGAGAAGGCGCCAAGGAGGAGAGCAACGUGGUGGAGGUGACGGCCAUGAACCACCAAGGAAAAACCAUCUCUGUGCCCAUCGCCAACCUUCACAUCGGCUGUCUACCCAUGGUGAGUCUGGGGGAGUUUGAGCUGAAAGCCCCAGUGACGAUCCGACUCAAGGCCGGGUCAGGGCCGGUGAAUGUCAGCGGGCUGCACCUUAUUGCCUCAGAGGUCGACAACUCUGAUCUGUCUGAUGAGGAGAGUGACGACGAUGAUGACGAGGAGGAAGAGAUCACCCCCAUUAAACCAGCAAAGAAGAAGCAGAAGCAGUAGGCAGAGAGGUGGCUGAUUCUCACUCACACACUCUGGUCGGUUUUAAGAGAUGCCACAGAUUUUUGUACCAGACGGACUCACUCUGCAGAGCUGCUACUUCUUCCACACAGUCACAUGAAUGCUCAGCGUGGCGGCAGCUACACACGCUGUGGGAGGAGGGAGCAUCACGACGGGUUCGGAUGUUCUCGCCUCUCCUCUCAGUCUGAGCAGUGCAUUUAACUGCGCUUAAAGACAUUCACUUAUAGAAGAACUGUUUUUUGAUAUCAAAUGACACCCGGUGUUUUAUACUGUAUAUGAUAAAGUCAUGCUGACAUGGAUUUACUGCACCAGUCUUAAAAAAGAUUUAAAAAAUCUAACCUCCAGUGGAUUCUGGGAUUGUUCGGAGAACCGGUUCUUUUCAAAGUUUGCGUGUGUUGACUCUUGAAAAGAAGAGUUUCCGGAUGAAAUUGUUAUUACAACUGAAUGGUGCAGUAUUCAUUCGUACAGUUUAUUAAAUGUUUGACAAGAAUGUCUCCAUUUCCAGUUGUUUGUAUUUCCAAAACACUGUUUUUCUAUGUGACAUAAAUGUGAAAACUUUGUACACGUA